UCAUACAUAACCUAAACAAAAUAUUUGUAUUGUGUAUGUCUUUCUGCAUUGUAGUGGUAUUUAAUGUAUUUUUAGAUCAUGAAUACGAUGGACGACCAAGAAAUGCACCCUGAAAAUAUAAACUCCGAGGAAACCUCAACCGAAGAAAACCCCUAUGCUUAUCUCGAUCGACAAUUUUCUUCUGAAAAUUUUAAAAUAGAAGUGAAAAAUUUACCAAAAUUUUAUGGAAUCAAUGAAUUUCGAAAAUUGUUGAACCAGAAAUUAAAACUCAAUUCCAACAAAAUAAAAACCGUAAAACGAAAUAGCCCCUACGCUUUUGUUUGCUUUAGAAAUAACGAAGACAGAGAUAAUGCCUUGAAGGCACUGUCCAAUUACAAGUGGAAAGGAAAAUUAUUGGAAGUGAUAAAAGCGAAACCAGCACCUGAUCCGUUAGUUAAGAAAAGGAAGGAAGAAGCAGAGGACAGUGGAGUAAACAAAAAAUCAAAAACAGAUGUAGCAUCAAAGGACAAAUUGAAAUCUUCAACAACUCCAUAUUGGAACGUAGAAUAUAACGAACAGCUACGACUGAAACAAGAAGAUAUUAAAACGGUGUUAAAAAGAUUAGGGAGUGACUUAGUGCACCAUAAUCCUGAAUUGAGAAAAUGGAUAGAUAAACAAAGGUCUGCGUAUAACGGAUUACCUUGCAAUUUACGGGACAUAAGAUUUGUGAAAGAAAUUGACGGGUAUCGAAAUAAAUGUGAAUUUUCGGUAGGAAUUGAUGAAGAAACCAAUCUGCCUACUGUUGGGUUUAGAAUAGGGAGUUACGUAAAUGGUACGACGGGAGUAGCACCAGUCGAGGACUUAUUGCACAUUCCAGAUUCCAUGAAAAUCGCAGUGAAGGUUUUUCAAGACUAUGUGAGGGCCUCCAAUUUAAAAGUGUUCAGUCCCGAAUUCCAAACAGGACACUUUAGACAACUUAUGGCCCGUUCAGCUUCGGGUCAAUUAAUGCUAGUCGUCGGUAUUCAUCCUCAAAAUUUAAACGAUGAUGAAGUAACGGGUUUUAAAAAGAGCCUGGUUGAUUUCUUUUCAGUGGGAGACGGGAAGAAAGCUAACGUUACUUCUCUGUACUAUCAGAAAUUAGUCAAAAAGAAUCAUAACAACGACUUUAUACCAGCAGAACAUCUGUGGGGCGAUACUCACAUUUACGAAACGAUCUUGGGUUUGAAAUUUAGAAUAUCGCCGGAGGCUUUCUUUCAGAUAAAUACGAAGGGAGCCGAGGCUUUAUACAACACAGCCAUAGAAUUGGCCGCACCUACUGGUAAUUCUACCAUUUUAGAUGUGUGUUGCGGAACUGGGACUAUCGGAUUGUGCUUUGCCAAGCAAUGCACUCAAGUUCUUGGAUUGGAGGUAGUACCUCAAGCAAUCGUUGACGCCAAAGAGAACGCUACGAUCAACGACAUAGUCAACGCUGAAUUCUUCACUGGAAAAGCAGAAGAAAUUUUAGGUUCCGUCUGCUUCAAGGCCACAAACAAUGAAGUCGUGGCUAUCGUGGACCCGCCAAGAGCUGGCUUGCAUCAAAAAGCGAUCCUUCAAAUUAGAAAGAUAUCCAAGAUCAGCAAGGUGAUAUAUAUCGCUUGCAACCCGGCAUUAGCUUUAAAAAAUUUCGUGGACCUGGGCAGACCCGAGUCGAAAACAGUACACGGUGAACCUUUCGUACCCGUGAAAGCGGUGCCCGUGGAUAUGUUUCCCUACACGAAGCACUGCGAGUUGGUGGUUUGUUUCGAGAGAUGGGAUAAGGUGUCGAAGGAGCAAAAGGUCGAGGAAACUAACGAAGAACAGGGAGCUGGAGAAGAAGCAGUAGUAAAAGAUUCAUAGAUGGAAUUUUUUGUUGACUUUUUCCUUCAAUAAAAAUAAAAUUUA